AUUUUUUAAAAAAAUUAUUUUUUUAAAAAAAUUUUAAAAUUUAUAUUUAAUUUGACUUUUAUCUUUAAAAGAUAAAUAAACUGAAAAAAAAAAUCAGAUUAAACAAACACUUACUAUUGAAAAUCUUGGGUACGACAAUGGCCACCAGUGAACUUGCCUGCACUUACGCCGCUUUGAUCCUUAAUGACGAUGGAAUUCCAAUCACGGCGGAGAAGAUAGUGACAUUGGUGAAAACAGCGAAGGUGCCCGUCGAAUCUUACUGGCCGAGUCUUUUCGCCAAGCUUCUUGAAAAGCGGAAUAUCGAUGAUAUCAUCAUGAAUGUUGGUUCCGGUGGUGGUGGUGCCCCUGUUGCUGCUGCUUCCGUUGGUAGUGGUGCUGGUGGUGCUGCCGCCUCAACCCCUGCUAUUGAGGAGAAAAAGGAAGAAGAUAAGGAAGAGACUGAUGAUGACAUAGGGUUCGGUUUGUUUGAUGAUUAGGCAGAUCUUCCUGUUUGGAAUUUUUUUUUCUUUUUUUCUUUUUGGUAAAAAAGUAAGAUCUAUUUGAGACAUUAAUUAGCUGAAUUUCAGUUACAUUUUAUGAGUUUACAUGAUAGAUCUUGCUUGGUUUAAUUGCUUUUUCUCUCUAUAUUGUUGUUUGUUUUUGUGUUGAUUUAGGUUUACAAUUUCUAAAUGAUUUUUGCUUACCCUGUUGAUUAUGUGAAUUUCGGACUUUGUUUGGAAUUCUGAAAUCAUAACAUUCCUUAUAAGAGCUGUUAAGGGAAUAAGGAUUGUAAAAGUAGCUUAGCAUUGAGACUUUCUUUAGCAUUUGGCCACUUAUAGCUGUCAUUCUUGCUUCACAUCUUGAUAAUUCUAAACAUUUUUAUGUGAGUAUUAGCCUUCCUACAUAUAGUGCAGCAUCCUGAAUUUCUAAGUAUGGAUUAUGGAAUGAAGUUGGGUUAUGAGAUGGCAUCAGGAAGGGUGUACAUCUAGUGGGGUAAUUGAUUCUUGUGUUGGCUAAAGUCUUUACUCAUUCGCUCUGUCUUGAGAUUUGCGGAUGGAAAAUUAAGGGGGUGCUAAUUCGCCGUUUGGUGUCGUCGUGGCUUUGUCUUUAUAGUGUAAUUCAUAGGGUGUUCCUCCGAUUUUUGCUGUUUCGUGCUAUUGUAGUCGAGUAGGGUUUGUACCAUGAUGCCAUUCAAUUUUCCUCCCCGGUUGUGAAUAUUUGGGCUUUGCGAUUCAUCAGAGAAAACAAAUUUGCCAUGCAAUGAAGUCAACAUGCCUCAUAAAUUAAGGGGCCUAAGAAAGGAUCCAAACCGCAAAACCCCAUUUCAGCUUGAAUUGCUCACCAGCCAUCACCCCCAUGGGUCAGCC